ACAAAAUACUAUUUUGAAAAUAGCCCCAAAAAAGGAGUCCAGCACUGGCCCAGUGGACGGGCAGACAACCAAUGCGAGUGGGAAGUCUCCAGAGUCCCACGCAGAGUAUACCCACUAGCCACACAGCAGUACAAAGCAGCCAAACCAAACCAGGAGCAGCAGAGGAAUAAACAUAAACCAUUAACCAUAAACCAUGUCGAAGGCUGUGAACAACAUGAGCAUGGGCGUUGUGGAGCCGCAGGAGCGGAUGAAGCACCUGUCGCACUGCGGCAACUUCAUCGACGUGGACAAGAACCAGCCCGUGACGCGCUACUACCGCUCUGGGACGGAGAUGCUGCGCAUGGCCAACGUGUACCUGCGGGAGGGCAACCACGAAAACGCCUUCAUCCUGUACUUGCGCUACAUGACCCUAUUCAUCGAAAAGAUUCGCCAGCACCCGGACUACGGUAACGUCAAGGCCGAGGUGCGAGACAUCAACAAGCGCAUCAAGGACGAGAUCAUGCCCACAACGGAGAAGCUGCGCGCUAAACUGCUGGCCCACUACCAGCGCGAAUACGAGCAGUUCCUGGCCAAUAAGGAGGCGGAGCGCGUCAAGGAGCUGGAGCGGGAGCGCGAACGGGAACGACAGCGCCAGAGGGAGCUGGCCAGUCGGCAGGCGGUGGGCUCCAGCGUGAUACCCUCGCUCAUUCCAGCCAAUCUGCACGUGUUGAUUGACGACGGUACCCAACCCUCGGCCCCGGAUCUCGACCUGUUGGAUCAGGUGGUCUACCCGAACGACUUCCCCACAGGAGCCAAUCGCACCAACCUGCCGGGCUCUGGGCUACUGCUCCCAACAGGAGACGCGUCCUCCGACAAGACAUCCAACUCGAAGCCCAGCUUCGAUCGAAACCAGAAGCCGUCGUACAACCGCACGGAUUCUUUGCUAGCCGGUUCAUUGCGCAUCGUCCACGUACCUGCCGACACCAUGGAGGUAUUUCUGCAGCUGGCAAAGGCCAACACCUCCAAGAACAUCGAGACGUGCGGCGUGCUCGCUGGUCAUCUGGCCCAGAACCAGCUCUACAUCACGCACAUCAUCACGCCACAGCAGCAGGGCACGCCGGACAGUUGCAACACGAUGCACGAAGAGCAGAUAUUCGAUGUGCAAGAUCAAAUGCAGCUCAUCACGCUCGGCUGGAUUCAUACCCAUCCCAGCCAGACUGCUUUCCUGUCCUCCGUGGACUUGCACACGCACUGUUCCUACCAGAUGAUGAUGCCCGAGGCCCUGGCCAUCGUGUGUGCUCCCAAAUACAACACCACUGGUUUCUUUAUACUCACGCCCCACUAUGGACUGGACUAUAUCGCCCAGUGCCGGCAAUCGGGCUUCCAUCCGCAUCCGAAUGACCCACCCCUAUUCAUGGAGGCACAGCACAUCCAGAAGGAUGCCCACACAAAGAUCAAGGUCAUCGAUCUGCGCAGAUAGUCGCCCAGUGAGGCAGCAAAGCGAAUUUAGAAAAUGCGUCGAGGGACACUCACCUCACAGAUCUAGCAUCACCAGCAAUAGCCCCCAAUUUCAGUUGUCCCAUGGAAUCCCAUGGCAUCCCAAGGGACUUCCGCAAUUGCAGGAGGAGAAUGCACGCAGUCAAACAGUGAUUAACCAUAGACGUUACAUAGAGAGACAGAGAUACAUAUUUUCGGAAUGCAGAGGGGAUUUAUUUUUGCAUGCAACUGGUCCCAGCAUCAGGGACGGGACUAGACUUCUAACAUCCAACUAUUUAGAGCACUUGGCUGCAUUUGUUGUUUUUUUUUUGUAUUUACUACCAGCUUUUGAUUUUCGUUACCCAAUGUGAUUUACAAUUGUGGCUUACUCUUUCGUUCGUUACUAUCUAUAAUUAAUAAUUAAUACUAUGUUAGGCCUUUGGCAGGAGAUCCUCAUCUACUCUAUGCAGCUUUCAGAGCAACCUAUUGUUGAUGCUUCUCGUUAGUGUCUGACUAUACUAUUGCUAACUAUCCGUAAUAACCUGUUGAGAAAAUAAGAAUCAUCAUAAAAUGCUAUAACUUGAUAUAAUUUAAAGAGAAAUAUUUAAUU